AUGUGUGACGUGAAAAACGAGCAACGAAUCGUCAUCAAGUUUCUGGUGAAAUCUGGUGAAAAAACGGCCGAAAUUUUUCGUAAAUUGCAGCGUGUGUUCGGUAAUGACUGCUUAUCAAAACCACGUGUGUAUGAAUGGGCAUCACGUUUCGCAUCAGGUCGAGAAUCGACGCAAGAUGAUGCAAGGUCGGGUGCCCCUAAAAUUGUGCACACUAGGCAAAAUGUUGAACGUUUGAGUGUGUUGGUGCGAACUGAUCGACGCCUCACAGUCCGAAUGAUAUCCAGUGAACUCGGGAUCAAUAAAGAAACCAUUCGCCAGAUGUUACAUGGUGAUUUACUGAUGCGCAAGCUCUGUGCAAAGCUUGUUCCGAAAAUGCUGACGGUGGAGUAA